AAUGUUAUGAAUAAAAACCUAAAAGACUAUACCGAACGAGAAUUAUUACAAGAAUUAGCCAAACGCGAGGAAAAAAUGAUUGUCCGCGAAUUUCACAUCAAAAAAAUACAGGAAUUAUCUAAGGAAAUUGACAAAUUAAUUGAAGAUUAUAGGACUGAAGAAGAAAAAAUGAGAUUGGAUUAG